AUGGAGCGUGGGAUGGGCGUGGGUCGGGAUGGAGCGUGGGAUGGCCGUGGGACGGGAUGGAGCGUGGGAUGGCCGUGGGACGGGAUGGAGCGUGGGAUGGGCGUGGGACGGGAUGGAGCGUGGGAUGGGCGUGGGACGGGAUGGAGCGUGGGAUGGGCGUGGGUCGGGAUGGAGCGUGGGAUGGCCGUGGGACGGGAUGGAGCGUGGGAUGGGCGUGGGUCGGGAUGGAGCGUGGGAUGGCCGUGGGACGGGAUGGAGCGUGGGAUGGGCGUGGGUCGGGAUGGAGCGUGGGAUGGGCGUGGGUCGGGAUGGAGCGUGGGAUGGCCGUGGGACAGGAUGGAGCGUGGGAUGGGCGUGGGUCGGGAUGGAGCGUGGGUCGGGAUGGAGCGUGGGAUGGGCGUGGGUCGGGAUGGAGCGUGGGACGGGAUGGAGCGUGGGAUGGGCGUGGGUCGGGAUGGAGCGUGGGAUGGCCGUAGGACGGGAUGGAGCGUGGGAUGGGCGUGGGUCGGGAUGGAGUGUGGGAUGGGCGUGGGUCGGGAUGGAGCGUGGGAUGGCCGUGGGACGGGAUGGAGCGUGGGAUGGGCGUGGGUCGGGAUGGAGCGUGGGAUGGCCGUGGGACGGGAUGGAGCGUGGGAUGGCGUGGGUCGGGAUGGAGCGUGGGAUGGCCGUGGGACGGGAUGGAGCGUGGGAUGGGCGUGGGUCGGGAUGGAGCGUGGGAUGGGCGUGGGUCGGGAUGGAGCGUGGGAUGGCCGUGGGACGGGAUGGAGCGUGGGAUGGGCGUGGGUCGGGAUGGAGCGUGGGAUGGGCGUGGGUCGGGAUGGAGCGUGGGAUGGGCGUGGGUCGGGAUGGAGCGUGGGAUGGGCGUGGGUCGCGGUGUGCUCCUCACAGAAAACGAGGUGA